UCCCACGUGGUUGACUGAAUAAGGAACUGGUGUCCACAGAGCUCAGUGGAAGCAAUGAGUCAGUCACAGUAUGUGACAAAACUGAACUACACAACAAAAGGUCAGAUAACUCAAACUGCUACUGAGACUGGAAGUGAGCAAUUAUGGACAUGGAACCUAAAAAGAUCAGGGAGGGAUAUCUGGUUAAAAAGGGGACAAUGUUUAACUCCUGGAAGGCAAUGUGGAUUGUGUUGUCUGAUGAUGGGAUUGAAUUCUACAAGAAGAAAACUGACAACAAUUCCAAAGGAAUGAUCCCGCUGAAAGGCGGUUCCAUCUCUAGUCCAUGUCAAGACUUUGGAAAAAGAAUGUUUGUCUUUAAACUCAGCACAGGAAAGCAACAAGAUCACUUUUUUCAGGCUGCUUUUCUAGAAGAGAGGGAUGCCUGGGUAAAAGACAUCAAGAGAGCAAUCACAUGCCUUGAAGCGGGACGCAAGUUUGCAAGAAAAUCAACUCGGAAAUCAAUAAGAUUACCAGAAACUGUCGAUUUAGGCACUCUUUAUCUUUCCAUGAAGGACCAAGACUCUGGAGUGAAAGAACUGAAACUGGAGAAAGACAAACGAGUCUUCAAUCACUGUUUCACAGGAAACACUGUCAUUGACUGGCUGAUGGCAAACAGCAAGAUAAGAAAUCGGCAGGAGGGUCUCAUGCUUGCGACGGCUCUUCUGAAUGAAGGUUAUCUGCAGCCUGCUGGAGACAUUUCCAAAAACGCAGUGGAAAGUGUAUCAGAUGUCACACUCCUUGAUCAGCAUGAUGCUCUUUAUUACUUUGCAGACAGUGGCUUUUACUGUGAGGGAUACUCGAGUGAUGAAGAUGUCGUUUUGAAAGAGGAGUUCAGAGGGGCAGUUGUGAAACAGGGGUGCCUAUUGAAACAGGGACACCGAAGGAAAAACUGGAAAGUGAGAAAAUUUAUUCUACGAGAUGAUCCUGCCUACAUGCAUUACUAUGAUCCUACCAAGGGUGAGAAUGAUGCUCUUGGCGCUAUCCACUUGCGUGCUUCUGUGGUGUCUGCUGUAGAACACGUACCAGAUGCUAAGAAGUACGACAUAGAAGGCAAUCUCUUUGAAAUCAUCACAUCAGAUGAAACUCAUUACUUUCUACAAGCAGCUACAUCUAACGAGCGAAAAGAGUGGAUCCAGGCCAUUCAAACAGUGGCCAAGACUGGAAAAUAGUAACAAGAGGUGCAAAUACUGGGGAAAUAUUUUCUAAUCUAGUAAUGUUCUAAAACAGUUUCCUAUGUUUUUGCAUGUUAAGCUACUGAAUGAUACCUAAUAUUUGUUGCCACAAAAUUACGUUGUGUCCAAUUCAUAUUCAUACAAUUUUCUUGAAAAUUGCAUUUAUUAUUUCUGUCAUUUUCAUCCAAAAAGUAGAAAUACAUGUCUAGCAAUUCCUAAGUACUAAAGGUACAGUACUGUGCAAAAGUUUUAGGCAGGUGUGAAAAA